UUGAAAAGGGAAAAGCGGAAGGAGAAAAUGCUGGGCUGGUGUGAAGCGAUAGCCCGGAACCCUCACAGAAUCCCAAACACCACGCGGACACCAGAGACCGCAGGGGAUGUGGCAGAUGCCUCUCACACCUCCGCGCUGAAUGAAAAGUCCCCAGGGCGAUCAGCAAGUCGAUCAAGUAACAUAUCAAAAGCAAGCAGCCCAACCACAGGGACAGCUCCCAGGAGCCAGUCAAGGUUGUCUGUCUGUCCAUCUACUCAGGACAUCUGCAGAUCUUCCAUCUUGCAUGACAUGUCAGAAGAUGCGUUUGAGUCCUGCACCCCUGUCACGGUGCUGAGCCAUGCUAGCAAGGAGUCUGGUAAGAAACCAGUAAAACAGAAGCCUAGGAGAAGGAGAAGGGUCUCUCAGAGAUAUGAGCAUUCAGAAGAGCAAGCAAAGGGGAGAAGAAAUGACUUUCACCUCCAGAUCUCAAGUCCCAGGUGGAGAGAACUUAAUACGGAGUCUUCAGAUUCAUCUUCCACAGAUGAGAGUCACUGGGUUCAGGCAAAAAGACGAGCUCAGGUUAAAUUCAGACUGUCUCGAAGAAGGAGAAAUAAUAAUAAGCCAUGUGGAAGCUUGGCUGGGUCCUCUACUCCUGACAGAAUUGAACUUGUUGAGCUGGGAUCCAAAGGUGAAAAGCACCAAGAGCUGAUGGAAUGUGGGAGUCAUUCUUUAAACAUCUGUAGAGGAAAAGUCAUAAAGUACCAAGAAUGCAGUCCUCCCUUGCCACGGGGUUCCUUGGAGGAGAAGAGACCCCCAGGGAGCCAUUCAGGGAGUAAAGGCAGAUACUGCCACAGAGAGUCUCAACGCUUGCACACACUUAGGGAAAAAGAAGCAAUCACACAAAGAUUUUCAGAAACUGAUUCCAGUAUUGAAAUCCUGGCAGCUCCAGAAGGGGGCCAGAGUGUGGAUGACUCGGGGCUCCAGGUGAACACCUCUGCUCAGAAGCCUCCUGACGCAUAUGAUGAUGGGUCUGAUAAUUUCGAAGUAUGCAGGAUCUGUCACUGCGAAGGAGAUGAAGAGAGCCCUCUCAUCACACCCUGUCGCUGCACAGGGACCUUGCGCUUUGUCCACCAGUCCUGUCUCCACCAGUGGAUCAAGAGCUCAGACACACGAUGCUGUGAGCUCUGCAAGUAUGACUUCAUAAUGGAGACCAAGCUCAAGCCCCUUCGGAAGUGGGAAAAGCUCCAGAUGACCACAAGUGAAAGAAGGAAGAUAUUCUGCUCCGUCACGUUCCACGUCAUCGCCGUCACCUGUGUGGUGUGGUCCCUGUAUGUGCUGAUCGAUCGGACAGCGGAGGAAAUCAAGCAAGGUAACGACAAUGGUGUGCUGGAAUGGCCCUUUUGGACAAAACUGGUUGUGGUGGCCAUUGGCUUCACGGGAGGUCUCGUCUUCAUGUACGUACAGUGUAAAGUCUAUGUUCAACUGUGGCGUAGGCUGAAGGCCUACAACCGUGUGAUCUUUGUGCAGAAUUGCCCAGACACUGCCAACAAACUGGAGAAGAACUUCUCGUGUAACGUGAACACGGAAAUCAAGGAUGCUGUGGUUGUGCCUGUGCCACAGACAGGUACAAAUUCACUGCCACCUGCAGAGGGCGCCCCGCCUGAAGUUAUACCGGUCUGAUGGAACCAGAGGGAACUUUGUCCCAGAAGGAUCUUUGCAGCCCCAGCCACUACAAACAGAAAUGCUUCUUCUGCUCUUGUGGCUUCCUUGUCUUCUCCGUUCCCCUACUGACUUGUUUGUCCUGACUUGGAGCAAAAAGGAAAUGAGGAGAAACUAUCAAGUGAUCAGGAUCCCAAGAAGCAGAGCCCGCAGUGGGACAUGGAAAGGGGAAGUGUCUUAGGGAGUGAGUUCAUGAGGAACUGUUGGUACAAGCAACGCUUCCAGUGAUGAAAGACUGGACAGACAUGCGAUCCUCUUUCAAGUAGUGUGGAGGGAAUCCCAGGACAGUCUUCAAAUGCAGUGUAUACUUCUUUGGAGGGUUCUGUAAUGUUAGCCUGCUCCACUGGAAAUGACACACAUCUGGUCGUAAGCCUGAAAGUGUGUGCACCAUCCCUAAGUCACACCAGCGGCCAACUUGGAGGACUUGAGGUUUUUUUACACUUUGACAGAUGAUUUUUCUGGCUAUUGUGAAGUCUGGUUAUUUUGACAGAUGCAUGUUUUUAAAUGGAUGCAAUACACAUUUGAAGAUAGAAAUGUUGGGAGUUUUGUUUAAAUUUAAAUUAUGAAGAGAAGAUUUUCAGAGCAUUGUGGAGUUUAGCUAGCACUGCCUUUGGAGACCAUCUAUCAGGCUGUGUCCCUCUUACAACGGGUCCCUCUUACACAGUGCUCAACAAUAGACAGAUGAGCUGCACAUGCAGAUGUACAAUUCCAAUCUCCUAGCGUGCCCCAUUAGGAAAAAUAAACAUAGGUCAAUUCAUUUUUAUAACUUAUUCAACAUUAAAUAUACAAGUUAUUUCAUGUCAUCAAUGGAAACUGUUAUUAAAACACUUUUCACCAUUUUCUUGAACCAACUCUUCAAAAUCCAGCAUGUAAUUAUGACACACUUCAAUCUGAACGAAGUGUGUUGGACAGGAUCUAAUUAGGAUAUUGGACAGCAGAACCCUUUCAUUAAAAACUACACCUCUGUCCCAUUUAACAGCUGGAUAUUUCAAAACAGCAGUUUAGUCCAUUAUUUUGUUUUGCAGUUUCAAUUAAAGGUUGAUUUACAAAGCACUAAACUCAUCAAAUUAAAGUAUUCCAGCUUGAAUUCAAUGAAGUUUUCAAAACAAAAGUAUAGGGAGUCAGUGCAAUCCAUAGCAAUGUUGUGAAAUUAGUUUCUGUGUAGUACCUAUAAAGUCCAUUAUGGUAGGGAAAUAAAAAUUAAAUAUUUUGUUACUAAACCAAAUGUGUUAAGGGUUUUAAACCCACAUGGAGUGUCGAUGUGACAGGUGAGCAUCUUAACCUAGGAUCUCAGCCAUGUUUACACCUGACAGUAUUCCCUUGCUCAGCUGAGAAGUAAAAAUAGUCAAGAUUCUAUGAUGAGUGAUGAGCUGUUGUCGGUUCAGGAGCUGAGCACUGUGCUCCAUUCAGAUUCAAUUAAACUGACAGGACACUGCAGUGAGCUAAUAAUCACAACCUGUCAAAGAAAGGUGACCACAUUUUUAAAAAGAAGUGACUUUUUUUGGUUAGCUCUCGUUAUUUAUUAUCCUGAAAAGGCAGAGAUGGCCAUAAAAACCAAAGCAUGGGCAUCAUGUUGCACAAAUCUGGGUACCACGUCCACGCACUUUGUAAUUAUCAGUGUUUGUUCUUCACAGAUUAUCAAAGGAAAAGAAAAAAAAAAGAUGUUUCAAUGAGAAGAGAGUAUGAUAUUUGUAGUGAUUGACACUGGGUCCAAAUAGUCCCACCCUUAGAAAUAAAGACAUAGUAAACAAUGUCAGUUGUGUGUGUGUGUUUGACAUGUAUAUUCAUGUACAUAUACAAGAGAAAUGUUAAGGUAUUCAGUCAGGAAACAAAACCUUAAAAGACUCAUCUUUCUUAAAACUUGUGGGAGGGACAAGAAUUAAACAUGCAGGGAGAAUAUGGUGGACAUAGCGAAACUGGACCAGAUCUCCAGAACAAAUAAGGGUUCCUAUGACAUUAACGAAAAAGACCCGAACCUUAAACUUUGUAUUAACUUCCUGAAUAGUUUCCAUUUUAAAGAUUUAAGAUGACUAUAAACAACAAAGGAUGGGUGGGUUAAUCAUGACUUCACACAAGGUUUUAACUAUCAUUCAGUUUUUCUGAGUAUUUCCCCUAGCUCUUACUAAUCCAUUUUGGUAGGUACACAACUGUAAUCUCAGCAUUUGUGAGAUGUAGGAAUUCAUGGUUAUCCUCUGCUGAAGAAGAGUGAGUCCCAAACAGAGGCCAGCCUAGGCCACCUGAGACCUUCCUCCAAAAACAGAACAACAACAAAAACACAGAAAGGCUGAAAACUAAAUGAAUAAAGCCAGUAUUGAAACUAUCUUUGCAUUCACGUGGUAACGGAGUUUUCACUUAGUAACAAUGAAAAGGUUUGGCUUUGAUGGCCUGACUUACAGCUUACAGAGGAAAGUUGCUUUACAGAAUGACAUUAUCUUGAGGUGUGUUUAACUGCUCUCAUGUAAAAUAUGAAGUGAAAUUGAAACAAAACAUUGAAUUGCUGAGUUUACAGAUUGUUAAAACUGGGUUUUUAUAAACACGAAGGGAAGCUGGGAUAUUAGAAAUGCCAUAAACCAGACAUGGAAAAUGCUUUCUAUCAAGAGUUGACAUUUCUAUUAGAUAUAAUUAAAUAUUCAAUUGAAAAGGAAUGAAAUCAAAACAUCUAAAAGUGAAGCCCAGGGUUGGGAGAGAUGGCUCACACUUUCUGCUCUCAUAGCCGGUCCUGGUUGAGUUCCCCGAACCAACAACAGUUCACAACCACCUAUACCUCAAGCUCCAGGGCACCCAAAACCUUCUUCUGGCCUCUGAGAGCACCCACACACACAUGGACAGAUACACACAUAAAUAAAAAGAAUAAAUCUUUAAAAGAUGAAGCCCUCCCCCAAGCAGGUUAACUUAAGUAUAAAACAACAAAACCCUAUAAAAAUAAAAAUAAAAAAAUGGUAACUUAAGAGUCCCAGUAACCCAGGAUACUGCAAUGCAGACAUUGAGUCUUUCUCAGAAUGUCCCAGGAUCAAAACUUCACUCAGAGCUGCUGCUAUAGGUAAUGAUACCCCCCAGAGCCCCCAAACUUAGGAGUUUUUCUUUUGUGAAAAGGACCUUGGGUACCCUAUAGAUAUUUAUUCUUCUGCUGAAAAGUGAGCUCAUUAACACAAUGACAUCAUUAUGAGAAAUUACAAUACUGGGGGGUGGGGGGGAUGAAGUAGAAAGGUCAUUUAUUCCAUCUGUCAGAUAUAAUUUACCUUGCCUUGCCAGUGAAUAUUUUGGGGCAAAUAUUAAGUGGAGAACCUAAAACUUACUAUUGUAACUGUUAUAAAAUUGCGUCCUUACGUCAGCUCAAUGGUGCUAUUUUACAUAAUGAUACAAUUGAAAGGAAAUGCUGUUAUUUGGGGCUGCAAUACUUCUCCCAUGCCUGAAGAAAGCCCAUGUUGAAAUCAGAUAUAACAUUCAAAUGAAGGAGAAAAUAUUAUUUUAAC